AAGAGAAGAGAAGUGAAAGAAAGAAAGAGUGAUCGAAGAAGAAGAUGGCGAUGGAAGUAGCGACACCGGCUUUUGCACCGAUCACAUCACCGGAGAUAAACAUCGUCCUCGCGGCGGCGAAGAAGGCUUCCGUUGAGACUCACAAGAAGAACAGGAUCCAAGUCUCCAACACGAAGAAACCUUUGUUCUUCUACGUUAAUCUCGCCAAGAGGUACAUUCAGCAACACAACGAGGUCGAGCUCUCUGCGCUUGGAAUGGCAAUCACGACUGUGGUAACAAUCUCUGAGAUAUUGAAGAACAAUGGAUUGGCGACAGAGAAGAAAGUGUUGACAUCGACAGUGGGAUUGAGAGACGAGACUAAAGGAAAGAUGGUUCAGAAGGCAAAGAUUGAGAUUGUGUUGGCGAAAUCAGCCAAGUUUGACUCUUUGGUGCCACCUGUGACCAACGGCAAGACUCCUGAGGAGGUAGCCAAAGCAGAGUCGGAGGCGGCUGUUGAAGUACAAGAAGCUGCAGCCACCGAGGCUUAGGAAGGAUCUGGCUCAGAAACACCACACAAGAAAGAACAAUAUCUUUUCUUUAACAUGCUUUGUUGUUGUUUUUUGUUUGUUUCAUUUGUGACAUAUCGAACA